UCUGUAUCAACAACUCCGCUAUAUACAAGAUAUACGCGGAAGAUUUCUAACUGUCAUAUCACGAAGGUCGUCUCGUGACUGCCUCAUCUGUGCAUUAAUACACGUACGGGAACAUUUCGUCCUCCAAAAUGAAGAGUGACAACAUUUUGGCACUAUUUCUCGCCGUUGUUCUGGUGUCUCCGUGUUUUUCUGUGGAGCCAUGUGUACAAGUCUCCCCGUGCUCAUGUGAGAGCUCCGAAGGCCUGAUUGACCUCUCACCUCUGGCCAGACAUGACGGCACGCCUGAGUUUGUCGAACAGCCGGAUGUUAAAGGUCAGUGGUUCUACUCCUACAACCCGUGUUUCGCCUUCACAAACGGAGGAGGAUGUACAAACGUCGCGGCGUGUCAGACAGACAUGACCGGAAGCUACUUCAGUCUAGGAACUGAACAGUCUGCAGUCUUCAUGCGUGAUCCUAACAAUAACGUCCAGAUACGAUACACCUCCACUACCGACACAACAAGAACAACCUUUGUAACUCUCAUAUGUGACCCGAACAGCGUCCAGAACUUGACGGUUUUAGGAGAAUACCCUGAUGGGAGUGGUACUUAUCAUUUUACACUGACGAGCAUCUAUGCUUGUCCCCGAGGUCAAACCACCACCACAACGACGACAACGACAACAGCUUCUCCGACGCCAGCUCCGAGGCCAGCCCCAACGCCAUCCCCGUCUCCCUUCUUUACAAUGAAGACUGUUAUCAUAUUGCUUGGAUGUGUCAUAGGCUGUCUAUUCAUUCUGAUAUGUCUUGCAUUCGUUGGCCUUCUGACCAGGAGAUCCGAACAAGAGUUGCCUCCCUUCCAUGACAAGAGGAAGUUGGUUUCGUAAAUGUGUACAUAUAAAAAUGACAAAACAUGAUCAAAACUGUAAACGUUAGGUUACAUUUAAAGUUAUAAUAUCUCUUUCAGAGUGCUGAUAUUCAUAAAUUCAAAACGAUAUGAAUCAUGUUUUUUUUACGAAACUGUUUGUUUUAAAUGAAAUAUAAUCAUUGUUACUUCCAAUACAGCCAAAAUAAAACUACAAUCAACAUAUGUACCUCAAAUAAAAACAAACUUGCCAUUAA